ACAAAAAAGAAAGAGAAAGAAGAGGAGGAAUUUUUUGGUUAGGUUUUCUUUGUCAAAAUGUCGAAAGCAUACGAUUUAGAUCCUGCUGCCGUUAAAGUUAUAGAAGCAAAAGCCCAAAGAAGGGCAGAUUUGCGACAACAAUUCUUAAAAUUAAAAUCUAAUCCUUUUAUCCAUGCAACGGGAGAGGGUGGAGCAGUGUUUGAUCCUGCCAUGCUAAGGUAUCAAGCUCUGCAGGUCAGUGGUGUGGAUCACUUCAAAGCAAACAGGAAAACUGGUUUCUAUGGUUUAGUAUUCUUUUGCUUACCCUUAGCAGGAUAUUUCUAUGCCAUGUAUAGCACUAAGUGGAAUCAAGAAGCAAAAUUAAGAAGAGGUGAAGUAGCAUAUAAAGACCGUAACUUCAAAUUUAUUUAAACUGUAUAUUUUUGAGACAUUCAUUUUUAACCUAUUAGGGGAAUUAAAAACAUUGUAGUAAUUUUUAAGUGUAAAUAUAAACUGUAAAUUAAGAA